AUGUGCAAUUUCAUUUCAGAGGGCGACGUCCGACUCGUUGACGGUGCCAACGCGUACGAAGGUCGUGUGGAGAUCUUCUCUGGAGGACGAUGGGGAACCGUCUGUGGUCGUCUGUUCGAUAGUACCGAUGGACAAGUAGUUUGCCAUCAGCUCGGCUACGGCAGUGUGGCAUUCAGUUGGAAGCCUGUCUCUAUCAUGCACGGUGCGUAUUUUGGCGGGAACUCAGAGAUACCCAUAAAUUUAGCUGAUGCGAGGUGUGUCGGGGUAGAGGAUCGUCUGACUAUGUGUGAUGGGAGCUGGGGAGAUGAAGUGCUAGACUGUGAUCAUUCCUUGGAUGUCGGGCUUAUCUGCUCUUACGGAAAUGAUGCUAACGUUGCAUGUCAUCAGCUCGCCUUCGAGUUCGCUACCCUUGCGACCAGGAACUCCUACUACGGAGGAGGCAACCUUGAUCAGAUUGUGAUGUUGAGUAACGUAAGAUGUAACGGAACAGAGGAGCAUCUCCUUGACUGUGAGAACGACGGAUGGGGAGUCGGGGACUGCGGCAAAACUCACCUGGAUGACGCCGGUGUCAAGUGUGCCAAUGAAAUUUUUGAAGGCACAAUGCGGUUAGAGGAUCGUGCGAGGGAAAACGAAGGCAUACUCGAGAUCUACCAUGGCGGCAACUGGGGCACGAUCUGUAAUGACGAUUCCUUUUCGGACAUCGAAGCCCUGGUCGCCUGUCGGCAUCUCGGCUACGACAUGGUGACUGGAUUCGCCACAUCCAUCACCCCCGGAUCGGGUGUUAUUCAGUUGGAUGCAGUGAGCUGUUACGGGUAUGAGUUGACUCUUGGUAACUGCGCUCAUGGGGAAUGGGGAAAUCCUUCAUCAUCAUGUACCUAUGAUACGGAUGUUUGGUUGCGCUGUGGGAAUAAACUAGCCGAGCAUGGUGCCGUCCGCCUGGUCGAUGGAUUUACGUCAUCACAGGGGCGUGUCGAAUACUACGACGACGGUCAAUGGUCAACCAUCUGCGACACCGUGGGCGAUUUAAGAAAAGCAACCGUGGUGUGUCGGCAACUCGGCUACCUCACCGCCAGCGAAGCGUUCGAUGGAUCGUAUUUCGGCUCAGGGUCGUCGGAUCAGCCAAUCGACGCCGUUAGUUGUCAUGGUUACGAGGCGGCGUUUGAAGACUGUGAUCAUCGCGUGUUUGGCCCUGAGAACUGUGAAUACCAUCAGAAUGAUGCUGGGGUUAUCUGCACCGACCAAGGGCCAAGUUCGUCUAGAGAGUAUGUCACUGUAACGGCGUGCGACCCUAGACUGAUCCCGAGCGGAGGUCGGACUUUGCAUAAACCCAGGGCCUCGCUCAUCAAGAGAGUCUGCCCUCGUCUUACGUAA